AAACAUUUGAAAUAGAUUUAUAGCCAAGGUCUCUGAGCUCGGCUGAAGCGAGGGGUAUUGAAAGACCAUGGAAUCUUUUUAUCUGGUAGCCCUUUUGUUGGCAUUAUUUUGUCCCAAUGCUGUCGCUGACAAUCCAAUGGAGAAUGAAGGUAUGUUCGAGGGAGAUAUAGCUGGGGUCGAUCCUUAUAUUCUCACUGAUAGAAAUGCUGUUGUGGAUGAAGCAGAACUUUGGCCAAACGGCAUUGUGUACUACGAAAUAGAUUGGAAACUAAGAGAUGUCAAAGACAUCAUACAAGAAGCCUUUGACGAAUAUGAAAAGAAAACAUGCGUCAGAUUUAAACCAAAGACUGCUGCGACUAAAGAUUACAUCAAGCUCACCAUUGUAACUGGUUGCUGGUCUUCUGUCGGACGCAAAGGAGGUGAACAGGAGAUUUCUCUGAGUGAGGGAUGUCACGACAAGGUGUCAGCUGUCCACGAGAUCGGUCACGCCCUCGGCCUCUGGCACGAGCACAGCAGGUCCGACAGAGACGACUACUUGGAGAUCCUUUGGGACAACAUCAAACCAGGUGCUGAACAUAACUUCCUGAAAUUGAAACCCUGGGAAAACAAUUUGCUGGGAGAAGAGUUUGAUUACAAAUCCAUUAUGCUUUACGGAGAAUAUGCUUUUGCCAAGGAUCGCAAAUCGAUGACAAUGAGGCCUAGAAAGAAGGGGGUCGUCAUCGGUCUAAUCAACGAUAAACCCGGACUCAGCGACAGUGAUGUUCGUCGCAUCAACAAACUGUACGAAUGUGACGGCAACGUACGUCCACCACCACCUGAUGUGCCUGACUUCAAGUGUGACUUUGAAGUGGAUAUGUGCGGCAUGGAAAACCAUGAAAACAACCAGAAAGCAAAUUGGGAAAUCGUUAAAGGAACCCUUGGUGGAAGAACAGGGAGCUACGUGUCGGUAGAUGCAGCUGCUGCAUCUUUCCGCAAAGUUCGUCUCAUCACUCCGUUCUUUGGUGCCUAUGGCCGCAAGAAAGCUUGCUUCAAGUUCGACAUCUACUUCAAUGGAGGCGGAGUUGUAGCACUUGACGUCAUGCUGCACAGCAUCAACACAUCUAAACUCGUUAUGAAGCAUGUAAAUAAAAGCGAUGAAUGGCAGAGUGUUAAGAUACCUAUAGAUCUUGAAGGCGAUAUUAAAUUUUCUUUGGAUGCCCGCACAAGAAAGUCUGAUGGCGAAGGCGUCAUCGCUUUGGACAACAUUGUCUACCAGCUUCGGGAAUGCGAUUGAAGAGAAAAAAAGAAACUAGAGUCACUAGUGGCAUAACUGUUAAUUUAUUAAAAAUUAAUUAAGAAUUAUUAAAUUACUGUUAUUUAUUUGCUUUUAGAAACUGUGAACAGAUCUCUGCAAUAGAAUGUAUGUGUGUGAAUUUGUACAGUAAUAGUAAUAUGAAUGUUAGAUAUUUAAUAAAUAAUUUGUUAAAAACAGAAAUGCUUACAUCUUCCAUGUUUUGUAAAAGUUUUAUUCCUGAAUAAACUCUAUUUAUAAGAAC